AUGGAUGAGAAUGAUGGGAUUACGCGGAGAAGUUCACGGAGAUCCGCAGUCGACAACAAGCAUUCAAAGAAGCUCGAGACGUUGAAGGCCAUUCAAGAGGCUCGCCGAAGUGGAACUUCGAUCAGAAAACAUCUUGAUGGCUCUGAAGUAAAUGACGUGUAUUAUACGGUGGAUGAAAACGAGUACGAAGAGCUUUUGAAGAAUCGCCAACAAGAUAACUUUGUGGAAGAUGAUGAUGGAAAUGGUUACGUGGAUCAUGGAGUCGAUUUCUUCGAGGAGAGCGACGAGGAGGAGGAAAAAGUGCAAGCAAAAAAGAAGGCCAAAAAAGAAAAGACGAAAAAGGGCGGAAUCACUUCUUUUUUCACUGGUCUCACAAACACAAAUAAACCGAAAAUUGAUGAAUCCAAAGUUACAUUGGACGUUGAUCAUGAUUUGAUGGACGUGUUAGCGGACUUUUCCGAAGAUGAACCAGUUGAAGAAAGGCCAUUUGUCAGUCGUAAUCAAUUCAAGAGAGGACGUGAGAGCUCGCCACCACUUGCCCCAAAACUUGUUGCUACUCGGAAUGUACAACUUUCUAAUACACUUGUCCGGCAAUCAUCCCUCGAUUCACCUCAAGUCAAGAAAUCUUUUGCACUAGAACCACCAAUGAAAAAAACUUGUCCUGAAUCUAUUCCGGAUUCGCUUCCAAUGGAUGAUGGAGGUUUCGAUGAUUCGGAUGAUUAUCCUGGACCUUCUUUUGAUGAUCAGGAACCUACCCCUGCCUUACAAGAAGUUGCUACUCAAAAAAACACCGAAAAUCAGAAAGAUAUGAUGGAGUGGCCGGUGGAAGAGGAAACUGAAGCACCCGAAGAACCGAUUGAAGUAAAUGUGGGAGAAGAAAAAUUCUAUCAGGCUCUUGAAGACAAAGAUGCACAAGGAAACGUCACUCAAACGCCAAUUAUUCGUUUCUAUUGGAUUGAUGCAUUUGAGGAUGCAAACAAAAGACCAGGCACCGUCUAUCUCUUCGGAAAAGUUGAGGUGGCUUCUGAACACUUUGAGAGUUGCUGCAUUGUCGUGGAGAAUAUUUACCGCAAGAUUUACUUCAUUCCAAGAGAUACGAAAAUGUGGAACGGCGUACUAACGGAGAUCCCUGUCGCAAAAAUGGAUGUCUACAAUGAAGUGAAAGAUUUACUGAAAGAUAAAUUCGACAUUAUCAAUUUCAAAUGCGCUAAAGAGUCUAAAAAACGGUUGAUGAAUUGCGAGAACGAUGGAAUGCCCGGUGAAAAGAUGGAUGUGCUUGAAGUCCACUACAGCAGCAGUUAUGCGAAAAUUCCUGUUGACACAAACGGAGAAACGUUCCGUUUUGUGGCCAAUACAACAGCGACCGCAAUGGAACGUCUUCUCAUUGAAACCGAAAUGAAGGGACCUGGAUGGAUGAACAUUGCACAAUUUGUUCCCGCGACUGCAAGGAUUUCUCAUUGUAAGUACGAGUUUACGGUUGACAUGGAACGAAUGAAAAACAUCGUGUAUUUGAAAGAUCAACCGCAGCAAACUCCUCCACUUCGGAUGUUGGCGUUGACUGUUUAUACAACUCUAAACAACAAUCGAGAUAAUGAAAUAAGCAUGAUCUCGUGUCGCAUUACCAACAAGUGUAACAUCAAUUCGACAAACGUGAAUCCUGAACAAAUGCAACGUCUAUGUUUUUUUGCACCACCUCCAGGCGUUGCUGCUCCUAUGGAUAUUCGGAAAAGAUUGGUGGCGGAAAAACUCGAUUCAUUUGUUCAUCAGGCAACCAAUGAAAAGCACUUGUUGAAUAUGUUUCUCUCAAAGUUGAAAGCACUUGAUGUCGAUUUGAUCAUUGGGCAUGAUGCUGUUAGCAAAGUUGGCAAACUGAUUGAGAGACUUGAAAGACUCAAAAUCCCAAAUUGGCAUAUGAUGGGUCGAAUUAGGAGAAGUAUUCCGUUGAAGGUUGGUAGUUCGAAAACGGCUCAAUGGGAGAUGACAGCUGGUCGAUUGGUCUUGGAUAUUAAGAACUCGGCUAUGGAAUUGGUCCGUUGCAAAAGUUAUGAUUUGGAGGAUCUUGCUGAGAAUCUCCUCAAAUAUCGCAUGCGAGCAGUGUAUCCAAAUGAAAUUCCAAGCUUUUUCGCCAAUUCUGAUCAACUACUCAAGCUAAUCGGGAUUGCUUGCCGAGAACCCACUUUGGCUGUUCGACUUGCCAACAGUCUCAACGCCCUCCCUCUCGCCUUUCAAAUCACAAAUGUUGUUGGUGGAGUUGCUUCACGCACCCUUAUGGGAGGUCGAUCGGAGAGAAACGAAUUUCACUUGCUACAUGCUUUUUACAAGAAUGACAUGAUUCCGCCCGAUAAAUUUCAAUCACAUUUCAAACACAAAGGUGUAGUCACCGAAAAGAUCAAAGUGAAGACUGAAAUUAAAGAAGAACCAAUGGAUCCUGAAAGUGAAAUCAACGAUACUCAUUUGGAAACUGAACAGGAAGCAAAGAAGAAAGCUCAAUACUCUGGAGGCUUGGUGCUAGAUCCGAAGAAAGGUCUAUACGAUACGUUGAUUCUUCUGCUCGACUUCAACUCACUUUAUCCAUCAAUAAUUCAAGAAUUCAACAUUUGCUUUAGCACCGUGAACUAUGUGGAUAAGGAUGGAAAUGAUUUACCACCACUGCCGAGUUCCAGUUAUUCUGAGGGUAUACUGCCAUUAGAGUUGCGAGGACUGGUCGAACGACGUCGCCAAGUCAAAGGAUUGAUCAAAACAGCAAAGACUGAUUUAGAGAGACAACAAUUUGAUAUUCGGCAAAUGGCUUUGAAGUUGACUGCUAACAGUAUGUACGGCUGCUUGGGCUUCCAACAAUCUCGGUUUUAUGCAAAACCCUUGGCUGCUCUUGUUACGGCUAAGGGUCGUGAGAUCCUCAUGCACACAAAAGAAUUGGUGGAGAAAAUCGGGUAUUCUGUGAUUUACGGUGACACAGAUUCGAUCAUGAUUAACACGAAUACAAUGGAUCUUCAACUUGCAAAGAAACUUGGACUUGAUAUCAAAAAGCAAGUCAAUCAAUGUCACAAACUUCUCGAGUUGGAUCUUGAUGGAGUCUUUAAACGAAUGCUUCUGUUAAAGAAAAAGAAGUAUGCGGCGUUGGUCAUCAAUCUCGACGAUGAAAAGACAAAGAAGGAAAUGAAAGGUCUCGAUAUUGUUCGACGAGAUUGGUCAGAUCUGGCCAGACAUGAGGGAACACGGAUAGUCGAUCUGAUCUUGGAUCCAAAGUUGAGCCGAGAAGAACUUGUAGCCGAGAUCCAUGAUUCUUUGCGAAGCUUGAGAACAAAAAUUGACAACAGUGAAGUGCCAAUUCAUGAUUUUGAGAUCUUAAAGCAAUUGACGAGAGAUCCAAAAAUUUAUGGUGAUGCCAAAGCGCUUCCACACGUCACGGUUGCUCGUCGAUUGAAUAGCACCGGGAAAUUCCAAUUGAAACAAGGUGAUGUUGUCAAAUAUGUGAUUUGUGAGGAUGGAACUUCAAAUUCCGCUACUCAAAGGGCUUACCACUUAUCUGAACUCGACGCGGAGGGAUCUAAUUUGAAGAUUGAUGUGCAUUAUUAUCUCGCCAAUCAAUUGCAUCCGGUGAUUUCUCGUCUAUGUGAGCCGAUUGAGGAGGCGGAUGCAGCUAGCAUUGCUGAUGCUUUAGGCCUUGAUCCAGCUCAAUUCAAGAAUCGCUCUGUUCAGCGAGAUGGCGAGUGGCUGAACUUUAGCGAAGAGUCUUAUGAUGGUUGUGAAGCUUUCAAGUUUGUAUGCUCUCAUUGCAAUGCCGAGAAUGUUGUCGACAAAAUUUUCAAGACGGUCAAUGGUUCUGUUCGAUUAAGCGUGGAUAGCUGCAGCAAAUGUGAACGACCGCUUGCCUCAGCCGUCACGGAAAUCAAGAACUCUUUCGAAAUCCAGCUUGAUGAAUUUGAUGACAAAAUGGCGAAAUCUCCACUCAAAUGUGACAUUUGUGAUACCGAAAGUGUUUCCCCUGCAAGCGUAUCUCCGGAUGGGACUGCACUUUGUGAAAAUCCAGAUUGUUUUGAUGGAGUUGCGCGGAAAGUAUAUGGUGAAGCGCAACUAUAUCGACAGCAAAAGUAUUUCGAGAUGUUAGUUGAUGUUAAGAGAGCUCAGGAGCGCCUCAAGAACAAAGAGAAAGAUCAACCACCUCCAAGUCCGAUGUGUGAUACGCUUACUGAAAUGCUGCGGACUUUGUUGGGCGAUCGAAAUGUCUCCCAGAAGCGACGAGUGAAAAUGAAAGAAGGAAUGCGAAUUGUUUACUAUUGCAAUGUGCAGCGCUCGUCUGGUUGUCGUUAUGAGAUGAGUGUCAUUGUGCCGAAUGAUAAAGAUGCUAAGGUUUCGAUCGAUGACAUCAAUGAGCACAGCUGUGACUCGACGUCGUCCAGACGAAGACGCCCAAAGCCAACAGUAACCGAUUUGGAUAAACCAUUAAUCAAAAGAAAUCUCGACACUGGCCUCUCAUUUUUACCCACCACUGAUCUAUCGCUGGCUUUCCUCUCAUCGCAACUAUGCGCCUCGGCUCAGCCAGUUUCUCCGUCGACAAGUGUCACGAGUGAGACGAAACCGGGAGCUCUGGUAAAUAUCAACACCCUGAACCCGUUGCCCGGCUCAUCCGAUGGACUUGCCCUUUUUCUUAAUCAAAUGAGCGAGCAAAGCAAACUUUUGAAUUGUUCAACUCCCUCUCCAUCGGAUUCUGGUCAUCCUUGGCAAUGUGUCGAGUGUGAAGUGGUGGAUUUCUCGCGAGUUUCCGAUCGAGAUUUCACACAUAUGUUUCAUGCAAGGUGUACGUACUCCCAUUUCACGUAUGCAUCGCCGCUUCGAGGCUCGACACUUGAAGAGGUCACGAAAGCCGUGAGCACAAUGAUUUACCUUUACAAUCCACCGGAGCGGCUUCGCUUCGAUCCGAUUUUGAAAACGCUCGGCUUAGAACUUGAGAUAAACAGAGAUUUCCCGACGAUCAUCAUCGAUUUUCACACGGAUCCGAAAGCGCAAAGGCAAAAUCAUACGACUCUUCGGCAACUCGUUUUGGGAUGGCUCUUCGAGCACGGGAUUCGCGACGGAUGGGCCGAUCGAUUAACGAGGAUAAAAAUGGAGCACAACAAUGAGCUGGAUCGGGAAUUGGAUUGUACCCCAGCCGAGAAAUUCUUUCGUCGAGACGCGCGCUCACAGUCGGCCGACGACACGAACACAUUCACCGGGCUCGAGCCAACAACGCACGAUGCUUUCAGCGAGUGUGGCACUGAGGAUGCUACAGAUGAACACGUCUCCCCGGAACCGGAGCUCUUUCAAAAAGUCAAACUCGAAAUCCCGACAAGCAAU